AUGUCCAUGAACUCCAUCCGUAGAACGCCGGUGUCGUCGAAUGGCAGUCGACUCUCCAAGAAAACUGAAACAGCCCAGCAACGUCCACAUUUGUAUAAGUGGUCUGGACAGCAAAACACCAUGCCUCGGCGACAAACGAAACGUCAUGCGUUUAUGGCGUUAUUGAAGGCAAGAGGCAUUAAAUUAUGCGCCAUGAUCUCCGCAGCCAGUUAUCCUCAGUCACGUGCACUGGAAGUGAGCAGGUCUCCGGACUGGCUACUCGACGAGCGCCAUGCGCGCGCAGCUCUCCUGUCCCGCAGCUGUCAGAUACUGAGUUCACAAUCUCCACUGCGGCGAUACGCUGCGUGGCUUCUCAUCUCGGCUCUGAUUGCGUGGGGCGGUGGGUUGGCGCUGCAACAACGAGAGGUACUGUGUGGUGGAGACGAUUUUUCCGUUCUGGGACGAGAUUACUGGACCAUGCCCGCUUGUGUCUGCAGCCACGCCAUCGCCAAGCGGUCAUGA